UUAUAGAAAUGUCUACUAUUGUGAACAAAAACAUUCUCAAACCUUUCACUGGACAAUUAAAUGAAAGGAUUGUUAAGAAAUUAAACGAUCCAAAAACAAGAUUACUGGAUUAUUAUAAAAUGCAAGAAAUUGUUAAUUGGUUACCUACAAUUAAAGAGAAAAUUGAUUUUGUAAAUCCUUAUGAGAGAGAAUGGAGUGUUUUUGAGAAAACUUGGCACAGACGCUGGAUGCGCCCACUUUCUCGUCCUCGAAAAGCUUGGACAUUCCCUCCAAUACCUAAUUAUUUCGACCCACUCAAUUUUUACAAAUAUGUUACAAAAUGUCGUUUAGUUGAAGGCUCUGAAGCCUUAAAUGAAUUGGAAAAUAAUUAUUAUAAAUCUUUAGUUUUGCCUACAAAUGGAUUUGAGAAAAAAGUAACAGAAUCGUUGUCAAAUUUUCUUGAAAACAAUCAUAUUUCUAAAGAAGAAGGCCAUUCUGAAGAAGAAAUUGCUGAUAAUUGUGCAAAAUUUUUACGUUCACUUGUGGAUGAUGCCCAUUUAGUUUUGGCUAAAGGAAAUUUAGGCAAAUUGUUGGAUCAUAGAAUCUCGUAUAACCCUCGUUGUGAAUCUUUUUGGGUUCGUUCUGGAUUUACUCAUUUAUACGAUCAAUUACCUGUUUGGGAAACUGACAAAGAGGCUUGGAUUGAAGAGGCUAAACCUCACCCUCGACCACGUUUUACUGGAGAUGACGACUUCACAAUGCGUGAUAAUUUUGCUGCCCAAGUCAGAAGCAAAUUUCCAUUAAAAAAUAUUUUUGAUUUUUCUGAUGAUCGAUUAAAUUCCCCAUUAUUCCCUGAAACAACAGAAAAUGGAGGAGAACAUUUAAAUUUGGAAAAUGAUGUUAUUUUUAACCCUCGAGUAUUUAAUUUACAUCCAGAAAUGGAUAUUCUUUGGCAAUGUCCAGGGUAUGAAUAUGAUUCUGAAGAAACACAUACUUUUGGACGUCUCGCAAUAAAAGACAUUUCUCCGAUUUUCCAAAAUUUAAUUAAUUGGAAGGUCGAGCAAGGGUCAGAAUGGAAUGAGACUUUAAAUGAUUGUGUGAAAGCUACAGCAAUUUCUUCUCUUUUUAAUUGGCUUAAUGCCCAGGCACAUUGCCUUGGUAAUACCCAAUAUACGGACAUUACUUCUCCAAUUACCUCUCAACUUAUACUUAGCGAUGGAAAAUAUUUUUGGUUUGCAGUUGGACAACUCAACACAAUUGCAAUUAAUAUUGAUGUUGAAGGUUUCAAUAAUCCCCGUACAAAUUGUUGCUAUUUUGAGGGGCCCUAUUUACUUUAUGAUUCCUUUGAGCGUUUGGAUAAUGCUCCUACAAUUAGUUACAAAUUUGGCCACAAAAAUUCAAAAAGUUUUAAAAAGAGCGGUCUAAACCCUGCUGUUUUACAUCGAAUUUUACAAAUGACUGUAAUUUAG